AUGGCUACCAAAUUCCUCUUAUCGUUCCUUCUCAUCUCCUGCUAUGUACUCUCCAUCUCAGGAGAGGAAGAAACGGGUUUCGUGGGCUCACCAGACCCCAAGUCAUUGGGUUACAAGAAGAAGCACACUCUUAGCCACUUCAGGUUCUACUGGCACGAAAUCUUCAGUGGAAGCAACCCCUCCUCGGUUAGAGUCAUUCCACCACAACCAAAGUACAACACAACCACCACCUUCGGUUCGGUAGGAGUCUUCGACAACGUGUUGACUCUAGGACCCGAGUUGUACUCAAAGGUUGUGGGAAGUGCUGAAGGGUUGUACUCCUCCGCUUCACAAAAGGAGUUUGCCCUUUUGGUGAUUUUGAACUUUGCGUUGACCGAAGGGAAGUACAAUGGUAGCACCAUCACAUUCGUCGGGAGAAGCCCCAUCGCGCAGAAGGUGAGGGAGUUGCCUGUGAUUGGUGGCAGUGGUGUUUUCCGAUUUGCCAGGGGCUAUGCUGAGUCCAGGACUCUCUCUUUUGAUCCCCAGACGAGGAACAACACCAUUGAGUACAACGUCUAUGUUUACCACUAA